UCAAACCACAAUUCAAUUGACUUUUCAUUAGUUAUUAAACUUGUGUUUAGAUCUCAACCACUAAUCAAAUGGCUUCAGGGGACAGCGCCUCAGACAUCAACAGUCCGGUGGGCUCUCCGGGAGUACCCUUCGAGGACAACGACGACAUCCCCGACGACAACAUGAUUACUGACGACGAGUCUGCGGCCAGUCCUCAGGCGAGCGGCCAACCCAUGCGACCCGUCGUAAGGGACGGCCGACUCCGGGACGUGUCGGACGACGAGAGCGGCGAAGAGCUCUUCGGCGACAACUUUGAACGAGACUAUAGGCCGCGACCGGAACUGGAUGUCUAUGAGACCGAUAUGUUGGACGACUCGGCGGUGUCGGAGCUGUCACUCGGAGAGAGGAUUACCGCUGAGGGAGAGAUGCGCGACAGGGAUAGGGCUGAGGGACGGCUCGCGGGCCGCAUGAGGAGAGGGCUCGACAUGUAUGACGACUCGGAGGAGGACGGCUCGGAUCGGCCGCACGUCCGGCGCCGACAGCUGAGAGCCCAGCGUAGGGCUGAGCUGUUCGGCGAAGGAGACGCCGAAGAGAUGAUCGAAAGCAUCGAGAAUUUGGAGGACACGCGCGGUAUGACUGUCCGGGAAUGGGUCGUCCAGUUGGCGCCCAAACGCGAGAUCUACAACCGAUUUAAGAACUUCUUGAGGACC